GCUGCAUAUAAAACCCUAGCUCCUCCGAUUCCUCUCAUUCUUAGGGUUUUGGAGGCAUAAAGAGAAAGGGGAGCAGCUGAGCAAGGCCGUCAACAAUGUCGAAGAGAGGUCGCGGAGGUUCCGCGGGGAACAAAUUCAGGAUGUCACUGGGUUUGCCGGUGGCAGCUACCAUUAACUGCGCCGAUAACACUGGUGCAAAGAACCUUUACAUCAUUUCGGUGAAAGGUAUCAAAGGAAGGCUUAACAGGUUGCCAUCAGCUUGUGUGGGUGACAUGGUCAUGGCUACAGUGAAGAAGGGUAAGCCUGAUCUCAGAAAGAAGGUUAUGCCAGCUGUCGUUGUUCGUCAGCGCAAGCCAUGGCGCCGAAAGGACGGUGUUUUCAUGUACUUCGAAGAUAAUGCUGGUGUUAUUGUGAACCCCAAGGGCGAAAUGAAAGGAUCUGCAAUUACAGGGCCAAUCGGGAAAGAGUGUGCUGAUCUGUGGCCUAGGAUUGCAAGUGCUGCUAAUGCUAUCGUGUAGGAGAGCCUUCGAAUAGUUUGAGAUUCUCGUUUUGAUGGUUGAUUUAAGUUUUUGGAUAUCAGAUUGCUGUCUUAUUAAGAGUUACAGAGUAUUAGUUAUGCUGGCUGUUAGAAUUUUGCAUCAAGAAUACAGAACUAUUAUCUGUUUCUACUGUUUGUUAUUUACUUUUUCAGGUGAAUGCUUUAAUCAUCUCUUUAUCUUAAUUUUGUUACUUGGACGAAAACAAGUUUAGCAGCAUUGAGAUAAGCACUUUAUGCCUUGCUUAA